UCCUGAAUGGUCAAAGCUUGAGCACCACUAAAGAGUGAGCCCAGCUCAAUCCUUUCCACUAUACACUGCCCAAGUCGUCGCAGGGAGUCAAGGCACUCUCUCACUGGAAGCCAUGGACGCUUUGCGAAGCUUGGGUCGAGUAAUCGUAGCUUUCUGGAUCUUGUCCCAUCUCUCACUGCUUGCUUACUCCUCUUCCCCUCAGGAUCUCCAGAUCCUCAGCGCUGAGCGCAGAAUUGACUUGUCCUCUCACAUUGUUAAGGUUUUCUUGACGUUAAAGGUUGAAAAUACUGGUGGAUCUCCUGUUUCGGAAGUACUUCUUGCUUUUCCACCUACACAGGUUGAUCAUAUAGCUUCGCUCAAAGCAGCUCUCACUGUUGGAAAAAAGAAAAAGAAAAGCUAUGUGCCUCUUGAAGUGAAUCCCACUGACCUCCCUGAUGCACCAAAUCAGACCAAAUAUUUUUCCAUAUCUUUGCUCAACCCAUUAAAUGCAGGUGAAACUGCAACAUUAGAAGUGCUUUAUAUAUUGACACAUUCUCUGGAGCCUUUCCCUGCAGAGAUAAACCAAGCAGAGUCUCAGUUGGUCUAUUUUCGUGAUAGUGCAAUAAUAUUGUCACCAUAUUAUAUUAAGCAGCAGACUACUUUUAUAAGAACACCUAGUACUAAGGUGGAAUCAUUUACAAGAGUAGAGUCCACUAACCGCGCUGGUACUGAAAUAAAGUAUGGCCCUUACAAGGAUCGCCCUGCAUACUCUUAUUCUCCAGUAAUUGUUCAUUUUGAGAAUAACAAGCCAUUUGCUGUCGUUGAGGAGCUUGUACGCGAAGUGGAAAUAUCUCAUUGGGGCAAUCUUCAGAUCACAGAGCAUUACAGGUUGUCACAUGCUGGUGCACGACAUAAAGGUGUUUUUUCGAGGGUUGAAUAUCAAUCUAGGCCAUCUUCUGGUGGAAUUUCUUCAUUCAAACAUCUUCUAGCCAGACUACCUCCUAGAGUCCAUUCUGUCUUUUACCGAGAUGAAAUUGGCAACAUCUCGUCAUCACAUUUACGUAUAGAUUAUCUAAAGUCAGAUCUUGAAAUUGAGCCAAGGUAUCCUUUGUUUGGAGGUUGGAAAGCUACUUUUGUGAUUGGGUAUGGGCUACCAUUGGAAGACUUCCUUUUUGAGUCACCUGAUGGCAGGCGAUACCUCAACUUCACUUUUGGUUGUCCUCUUGCUGAGACGGUGGUAGACAAGUUAAUCAUAAAAGUUGUGCUACCAGAGGGAUCAAAAGAUCCUUCUGCUGUGGUUCCUUUCUCGGUUAAGCAACAUUUAGAGACCAAAUAUUCAUACCUUGAUGUUGCUGGAAGGACAGUGGUGGUUCUUGAAAAGGAAAACGUAGUUCCAGAGCACAACUCUCCUUUCCAGGUUUACUACAGCUUCAACCCAAUUUUUAUGCUGGCAGAACCACUAAUGUUAGUGUCUACAUUUUUCUUCGUGUUCAUGGCUAGUAUAGCUUACCUACACAUAGAUUUUUCGAUAUGCAAGACAUCAUCUUGAUUCUUCAAGAUGAUUAAGUGGAGCUAAGGAGCCAGGACGCUUGUAUGUGAACGUUGGCAGUUACUCUGGGUCCUAAAAUUUGAAAUUACCCUAUAUGAUGUAGGUUACCGUGAGAUAAAUUUUGCUGUGCAUUGACCCUCUCACUUUAUAAACCUGAAUGUAGCGUUAUAUUAUGGACCUAGUCUUAGAGAUACACAAGGAUUCAAAUGUGUUUUGAUAGUGAAAAUACUUUGUUAUAAAUCAUUUUAGAUAAUAUUGCAGAAAACUCGAUCUUUUUGAUGGCCUAAAA